AUGUUCAAGUGUUUGUCUAGAAAAUUAGAGAUUGCGAACAGGCCUUAGAUUUAUAGAUUAAGCAAGGGGAAAUACAAAGAAGAAGAAUUAAUUGAUGCAGGUGGGUACUCUCAGAUUUGGAAAUGUGAAGGGUUUGCCAUAAAAAGGAUGUUGAUUCAUUCUCAAGAAACCUACUUGAUGGCUAAGUAGGAGAUUAAUAUUAUGAAGAAAAGAUUACCGGAACACCCAAAUAUAGUGAGAUUGAUUGAUUAUGGGGAAGUAAAGAUUCAAAAUAAGCUGUUCUUUUGCAUUGUGAUGGAGUUGUGUGAAAUGAACUUAUAAGCAAUGCUGACAGCAGAAUAAUAGAAAUAUUUAAAUAGAUUCUGGAUGGAUUAGAAUCAUAGAGAUUUGAAGUUGGAAAACAUAAUGAUCAGACGAGGUACUUGCAAGAUAUGCGAUUUUGGUUAGACUCAAUUGAGUGAGAUGGAAGAACAAUUCAGUAAAAUAACAACCAUUACUUGCAGACCUCCUGAAAUGAUUGAUGUGUUUAAACGGCAAAUCAUAGAUUUCAAAGUUGAUAUUUGGCAAUUAGGAUGCAUCCUAUAUAGUUUAUGUUUUAGAAAGUCUCCAUUUUAAGAUAUCAACAAAGUGUCCAUUGCACAAGCUGAGUUUGAAAUUCCACAAUCUUAAUUAUCAUAGAAGACUGUGUCAUUGAUUUAGAAGAUGUUGCAAUUGGAUCCCAAAAAGAGACCCAAUCUCAAAGAAUUGAAAUUAUUCCUUUAUAGUAGAGAGAUUGAUGAUGGCGAUGAUUUUUAAUGA